CUCUGAGCAAUACAUGCGCGGAGAAUUUUGGCGGUUGCGUUCUAUUGAAAACUGACCUCACUACAUAACCGAUUCUGUAUAAAACUCAAGCAUUUUCACUCUAAACUUGAUUUGACAGAGCAGGAUCGUCUUGUGCUCAUGACGGACCAGACGGAGUUCAGUGUUCUAUGCAGCCUCUUCACAUGGACUCAGAGAAGCAAGUCCUCUGCCAAGAAGCGCUCCAAGUUCCGCAAAUUCCUCGAUACCUUCUGCAGGGACAAAGAUUAUUUCAGUGCGAUUCGGUUGAUUCUUCCCAAUCUCGACCGAGAGAGAGGCUCCUAUGGGCUCAAGGAGUCGGUUCUCGCUACCUCUCUCAUUGACGCUCUUGGGAUGUCCAGGGAGUCCGAGGACGCUCUGCGUCUCAUCAAUUGGCGCAAAGGUGGUGCAAACACCGGUGCCCAUGCUGGAAAUUUUGCUCUUGUCGCAGCUGAGGUGCUGCAACGUAGGCAAGGGUUGGCAUCUGGUAGAUUGACAAUAAGGGAGUUAAAUGAGCUGCUUGAUAAACUAGCUUCAAGUGAAAACAGGUCUGAGAAGACUUCAGUUCUUUCUACCCUUAUUCAAAAGACAAAUGCUCAGGAAAUGAAGUGGAUUAUCAUGAUAAUACUCAAAGAUCUAAAGCUUGGAAUUAGUGAAAAGAGCAUUUUCCAUGAAUUCCAUCCAGAUGCUGAAGACUUGUUUAAUGUAACUUGUGACUUGAAAUUAGUUUGUGAAAAGCUAAAGGAUCGGAAUCAACGUCAUAAGCGACAGGAUAUUGAAGUUGGAAAAGCUGUGCGCCCUCAACUAGCAAGGAGAGUUGCUAGUGCAACUGAAGCAUGGAAAAAGCUCCAUGGGAAGGAAGUUGUUGUCGAGUGCAAGUUUGAUGGUGAUCGAAUCCAAAUUCAUAAAAAUGGAACGAAUAUACAUUUCUUCUCAAGGAACUUUCUUGACCAUUCAGAAUAUCAACAUGGGAUGUCAGACAUCAUAUUGCGAAAUAUUCUUGUUGACAGGUGUAUUCUUGAUGGUGAGAUGUUGGUUUGGGAUAAAUCCUCUAACCGUUUUGCCGAAUUUGGUUCAAAUCAGGAAAUUGCAAAGGCAGCGAGGGACGGGCUUGAUAGUGAUAGACAGUUAUGUUACGUUGCAUUUGAUAUCCUUUAUGUUGGAGAUACAAGUGUAAUACACCAGACUUUGAAGGAAAGACACGAGCUUCUCUGUAAAGUUGUGAGGCCCUUGAAGGGUAGUUUGGAAAUUUUAAUACCUAAUGGUGGUCUCAACUCUAAUUGUCCAUCUGGGGAUGCUUGUUGGUCAUUUAUUGCUCGUAGUGUGGAUGAAGUUGAGAGAUUUUUCAAAGAAACUAUUGAGAAUAGAGAUGAGGGCAUUGUUCUGAAAGACCUUGGUUCCAAAUGGGAACCCAGUGACCGAAGUGGGAAGUGGAUGAAAUUGAAGCCAGAGUACAUACGUGCUGGUUCUGAUCUGGAUGCGCUUAUCAUAGGUGGCUAUUAUGGCUCUGGACGAAGAGGAGGGGAGGUUGCUCAAUUUUUGGUGGGCCUCGCGGAGCGUCCCUCCCCUAGUGCUCAUCCUAAGCGAUUUAUCUCAUUUUGCAGAGUUGGUACUGGACUUUCUGAUGAUGAACUUGAUGCCCUAGUAACCAAGCUGAAACCAUAUUUCAGGAAGUAUGAAUACCCAAAGAAGAAGCCACCAAGUUUUUAUCAAGUGACUAACCAUUCAAAAGAACGACCUGAUGUGUGGAUUGAGAGCCCUGACAAAUCAAUAAUUCUCUCUAUUACCAGUGACAUUCGAACUAUAGAGUCUGAGGUAUUUGCUGCACCUUACAGUCUGAGAUUUCCUAGAAUUGACAGGGUGAGAUAUGACAAACCCUGGUAUGAAUGUCUUGAUGUGCAAUCAUUUAUAGAACUCGUGCAUUCUAGCAAUGGCACCACAAAGGCAAGUACAGAGUAUGGCAGCAUGCAGGAUAGUAAAUCAAAACGCAUUAAAUCCUCUAAAAGGGAAGUAAAGAAAAGCAUGCCUGUUGUCCCUUCUCAUCUAAUUCAGACGGAUGUUUCCAAUGUGAAGGGUGGCUCGUUAAUAUUCUCAAAUAUGAUGUUUUAUUUUGUCAAUGUGCCUUCAUCCCAUUCUCUUGAUUCCUUGCACAAGAUGAUUGCUGAGAAUGGGGGAACUUUCUCCAUGAACUUGAAUAAUUCAGUCACCCAUUGUGUUGCAGCAGAUAGCAAGGGUUUUAAAUUUGAAGCCGCAAAACGUCGUGGUGAUAUCAUUCAUUAUAGUUGGAUCUUAGAUUGCUGUACGCAAAAGAAGCUUAUUCACUUACAGCCAAAGCACUUCCUUUUCCUUUCUGAACUCACAAAGAAGAAGUUAUAUGAAGAAAUUGAUGAGUUCUCAGACUCAUACUACUUGGAUCUUGAUUGUGCGGACAUCAAGCAGCUCUUCAGCAAUAUUCCCAGAUCAAAAAAAGAUGUCAGCACUAUCAACUAUUACAGGAAAAAGUACUGCCCAAAUGAUAAGUGGUCUCACUUUCAAGAAUGCUCCAUUUAUCUCCACACUUUUUUGCCACCUUCGAAAGGAGAUUGGGGAGUUCUGUUGGGACUUUCUCUGAGGAGAUUGCAGUCUGAAAUUCUCAUGAGUGGUGGCAGAGUUACCGAUAGUCCCACUUCUGCUACGCACUUUGUGGCCUUCUCGGUUCCAGGAUAUAAUGUAGACUUCAAAGAAAUGUUAGCAAGUUUCACUUCAGUUGAAGGGAAAUUUCUGUCGAGCAAGAGGUUGCAUGUUGUUGGAUCUCAGUGGCUUGAAGAUUGUUUAAAACAAGGCCGAAGAUUGCCAGAGCAAACAUAUACAUUGAAGCCCAGCGGAAUAGAAGAACUAACUGCUGAAGACUGCAAGUAUGACUUGGCUUCAGAGGGUUAUUGUGGUGCAAAUAAUGUAGAAGAGCAAAGUUCGUCACUUGUCUCUGAAAACAGAAGUCAGCUGAGAAGUGCAAAAGCUGUUGAUGAAACCUUGGUGUCUGUGGAGAAGUGUGGCAAAAGGAAACGAGGAAGACCUGCAGGCAUAGGCAGUAAAAUGGUUAAAACAGCUGGCAACCAAACUCAUCGAUCACGAGCACGUAUUGGAAUAAGGCCUGCAAAAAUAUGUGAAUAUGGAACCGAUGAAAGUGGUUCUCAUGAUGAAAAACCAUGUGCUGGUGAGAUUGACACGAGAGAAUUCAGUCUUGACUCUCACAAUGGCGCAAAAGUCCCUGAGAUUGUGAUGUUACAAAAUUCUGACCCAUCAAAACGAGACGAUGCAGUUAGGCAAGAGGUUUUGAAGGACGGUGAACAUGAAGAAUAUUCUGUUCCCGAAAUUGGAAAGACGGAGCAGCAUAAUGACCAAAACAGUAGGACUGAAAAACUUGAAAUUAUGGCUGAUCCAAUUCAGGCUAUGCUUUUUGACAUGUUUCCUAGCCUUGCGACAAAGGAAGUUGAUAAAACAAAGAAUGAGAAUGUUGAUGAUAAGCCACCGGAGCAAUCCAAUGCGGGGCCUACAAGGAAAAAGAAAGUUAGCUAUAAGGAUGUUGCCAGUGAGCUGCUCAAGGAUUGGUAGAAUAUCUUCUCGUUGCAAUGCUAUGUAUCGUGUCUUUUCUGUACCAAAGUCUAUCUUGCUAAAUCAUCAUUCACUUUCUAAUAAUUUUGUAAAAAGAAAACAUAAUUAUUUAUCCUUAUAAUUUUAUCGAAAUCUGCUUUUACGUAA